CAUUGGAACAAUCACAUUUGGUUUCUAAUCUCCGCCAAAUAUCAGGAAGCCUCAAGUCAUGCGCGUCGUAUCUGCUGAACAUUCAACGCUCCGUUAAUCCAAUUUCUUAAUGGAGGACCACUCGAUACAAAUAUAAGCCCUCAAAGAUGUUUGAAAAGUCGUUGUAUGACCUCAUUCGAGGUCUGCGAAACCACAAAGGCAACGAGAAGGAGUACAUUCAAAAUAGUUUGAAAGAAUGUCGUGCGGAAAUCAAAGGAUCCGACAUGGACCUCAAGGCUACGGCCUUGCUGAAACUGGUUUACCUGGAAAUGUUUGGACAUGAUAUGUCAUGGGCUUCCUUUCAUGUUCUCGAAGUUAUGUCCUCGCCAAAAUACCUGCAGAAACGAGUCGGAUAUUUGGGCGCUGUGCAGAGUUUCCGACCGGAUACUGAAGUUCUGAUGUUGGCUACAAACCUCUUGAAGAAGGAUUUGAGUUCCGCGACACCGACAACAAUGUCUCUACCAAUCAUAACAUUACCGCAUGUCAUUACUCCUUCACUUGCGCUAUCGGUUCUCUCAGACUUGUUACCUCGAAUGACACAUUCCCAUCCAACAAUUCGCAAGAAAACUAUUGUCACACUUUAUAGAUUGGCUCUAGUCUAUCCAGAAACAUUACGUCCGGCAUGGCCAAAAAUCAAAGAGCGAUUGAUGGAUGAAGGCGAAGAUCCAAGUGUUACAGCUGCAAUUGUCAAUGUGGUUUGUGAAUUGGGAUGGCGGAGACCUCAAGACUUCUUACCACUCGCCCCGAGGCUGUUCGAGCUCCUUGUUGAUAGUGGAAAUAAUUGGAUGGCCAUCAAACUCAUCAAACUGUUCGCUACCUUGACUCCGCUUGAGCCAAGAUUGGUCAAAAAACUUUUACCACCACUGACAUCUAUCAUUCGAACCACUCCAGCAAUGUCACUGCUAUAUGAAUGUAUAAAUGGUAUUAUAUUAGGCGGAAUUCUAGGAAGCAGUGAGGAAUCGGCAGGCGGGGAAGAGAUAGCCACUCUUUGUGUGAGCAAGUUGCGGGGUAUGAUUAUGGUUGAGGGAGAUCCUAAUCUAAAAUAUGUCGCUCUACUCGCUUUCAACAAGAUUGUUGUUACUCACCCAUUUCUUGUCGCUCAACAAGAAGAUGUAAUAAUGGACUGUAUCGAUAGUCCUGAUAUCUCAAUUCGCUUACGCGCAUUAGACUUAGUUGUAGGCAUGGUCAGCAGCGACAAUUUGAUGUCGAUUGUUGGGAGGUUGAUGAGACAACUCCGAAGUUCCCCCUCAAUGCCUGCAAGUAGUUCAAAUCCUCGACCAGCUGGUCACAUUGAACCCGAAGCAGAUUCAGACGAUGAGGCCCCGGAAGUUGCCAUCAGGUCUGAUAGGGGGGCAUCACAAGAUUUGUUAUUGCCUGAUGACUAUAAGGUGGAUGUCAUCACCAGAAUACUCCAAAUGUGCUCGAUAAAUAAUUAUGCUAAUCUCGUCGAUUUUGACUGGUAUAUCGAUAUUUUAAUUCAACUCGUCAGGAAUGCUCCGAUCACAAAUGCGACCUCAAACCAAGAAAUGGAUGAAUCCUCAGAUGACGAUAUUUCUGAAAGAAUUGGAGAUGAAUUGCGAAAUGUUGCCGUUAAGGUAAAAGCAGUUCGAUCUCAAGCGGCCAGGGCUGCUGAUUCAAUACUGAUACUAGCUUUUAACGAUACGUCGAGUCAAGUUAGCUCCGGAAACGGAGCACUUCGUCCGAUAUCAUGGAUGAUUGGGGAGUACGCUUCUUAUUUGGAGUCCCCAGAAAAUACAAUGGCAGCCUUACUGCAUAUUGCCAAGGUGUCAACGUCUGCUGAGAGUCUCAUUGUGUACCUCCAAGCAUUACCAAAGGUUUUUGCGAUCAUAGCCGAUGACGAGCAUUCAUUAUGGACGGUUGAACGGAAGACAAUGAUGUCACUGUUAAUGGCACGCAUCAUAAAUGCCAUUGAACCCCUAGCAAUGCACCCCGAUUUAGAGGUCCAGGAGAGGGCAGUUGAAUUUUCAGAGCUGUUAAAGUUGGCAGCGGAAGCGACAAAUGGUCAAGAGCCGUCCUCGGAAUCGGUUCAGCAAGAUGCACCACUUUUACUUACACAAGCACUCCCUUCUCUAUUCAGGGGGCAGGAAUUAAACUCAGUUGCAGCUAGUGCGCAGAAAAAUGUUCCGUUGCCAUCUAAUUUGGAUCUUGAUCAGCCAAUCAAUCCAAAUUUGCACAACCUACUGCGCAAUGUAGACAUGAUAUCCUUCGAUGAGCCCGAAAACGACGAAUUCGAAGUCUAUUAUCAUCAGAAACCGGAGCCUACUUCAAUUUCAUCAAAUGAACCUGCUAUCAAUCGUCUUGGCGGAAGUCCCGACCAGCCUGCCCAGUCUUAUCAACAAGGCAGCGAAGAGUCAUACCUAGAUCCAGAUAUCGUUGCGCGACGGAAAGCGGAAAGACUUGAAAGAAAUAGAGAUGAUCCUUUUUACAUUGCACCGACUGAUGGUAGUAUCUCUGGCACUUCAACGCCUCUUCAUAACAUUAUUCAAACCAACAAUGGACCAGAUUUAGAUAUCGAUGCCAUACCAAUCAUGCAGCUAGACCUGGGCAAGACAAGUCUAAAUACAAUAAAAACUAAAAAGCCCUCGAAAAAGCCUCGUCAACGAAUACAAGUGGCUGCCGAUGAAACUCUGAAUCUGAGUGGAACUUCUACGCCCGCAAACGAUUCCGAAAACAGUACUGAUGGACCCAUCAAGGCGCGAAUGACAAAAGGGAAACAAUCCCUUUUACAAGUAGACUCGAGUCAUAUUGGCCAAUUUUCCCUUGAGGGUGACAAUACUAGCGGAAUUGACUUUGAGCGGCAGCAGAAAGAGGAUGCUGAGAUGGUAAAGGCUAUGAAAGAGGUAGAAAGACUUCGAUUGGAGAUGCAGCGAGCAAAUGAGAGAAUCCAUGCUGCACAAGAUGUUCCACCAGAAGGAACGGUGGUGAAGAAGAAGACGAAGAAGAAGACCAAACCAGUCGAAGGCGAAGUAGCGACAGUGGUUAAGAAAAAGAAAAAGGCCAAGAAAAUUGUAGUUGACGAAGGAGAAGGCGAAGGCGAAAUUUCCAUGGCUCCAACGACUACAGAUGUCGUAAAGCCGAAGAAGAAAAAGAAGAAGCCAAAGGUAGAAGAAGGGGUCGUGGAACAGGCGUAAUAUGCAUAGCGUUUAGGAAGCAUUCAAUGGCGUAUGGAGCUUGCAACAGAUACCACAAAGGUAGUCAUGGGCUAAAAACUUUUGAGUUUUGAUCACAAUGUAGUUCUGUAGGUAAUCCAUGUGAAUGCAUUUGUACAAAGUAUUCGAUAUUUUCUCUCUCAAUUGACUUUGAAGUAUGCAGAAUU